CAUCAGCCGGCUUGAAUUAUUGAUCGUUGGAAGGUCCCCCUAUAAAAAGGAGACGCGCCCCCUGCUCUGCUCCCUUUCAUCACUCGCCAAGAUGAGCUACGGAUCUGACUUCAAUUCCGCCUCUUCCUACCGAAAGAUUUUCGGGGAGUCUCCCCGUUACUCCAGCUCUCCAUCCCGGAUGAGCAAUGCCUCUUUACGCAGCGGCGGUUACCGGUCCCACUCUCAGUCCCGGAGCAUGGGCUCUAACCUGGGCUCCUCUUUCCACCAGAAGAGGUCCUCUGGCCGGUCCUACUCGCAGAUGCCCAUGCCGAUGGAGAACUUGGAUUUCGCCCAGAGCACGGUGCUCAACAAUGAAUUCAAAAUCAUCCGCACGAACGAGAAGGAGCAGAUGAUGGGGCUCAAUGACCGCUUUGCCAUGUUCAUCGACAAGGUUCGCAACUUGGAACAGCAGAACAAGGUGCUCGAGACCGAGCUGGUGACCCUGCGUCAGAGGCAGACGGAGCCCUCGCGCCUGGCGGACCUGUACCAGCAGGAGAUCCGCGAGCUUCGCUCCCAGCUCGAUGAGGUGAACGGCGAGAAGUCCCAGAUCCUCAUCGAGCGUGACAACAUCGAGGAGGACCUGCAGAAGCUCCGCGGCAAAUACGAUGACGAGUACCGCCUGCGGGAGGAAGCCGAGCAGACCCUCAAGGCGUUCAAGAAGGACGUGGACGACGCCACCAUGGUGCGUUUAGACCUGGAGAAGAAGGUAGAAUCCCUCCUCGACGAGAUCAACUUCAUGAGGAAGGUGCACGAGGAGGAGGUGGCCGAGCUCAUGAACAUGAUCCAAGCCGCCCAGGUAUCCGUGGAGAUGGAGGUCUCCAAACCUGACCUCACCUCUGCCCUGAAGGAGAUCCGAGGCCAGUACGAGUCCAUGGCCUCCAAGAACCUCCAGUCCGCCGAGGAGUGGUACAAGUCGAAGUUCGUUGACCUCAAUGAGCAGGCCACCCGUAGCCAGGAGACGAUGCGCGCCAGCCGGGAGGAACUCAAUGAGUUCAGGAGGCAGCUCCAGUCCAAGACCAUCGAGAUCGAGAGCCAGAGGGGAACCAACGAGUCCCUGGAAAGGCAGCUCAACGAGAUGGAGGAGAGGCACAACCAGGAGAUUGGCCAGUACCAGGACAACAUGGCCGAGCUGGACAAUGACCUGAGGACCACUAAGAGCGAGAUGGCUCGUCACCUGCGGGAGUACCAGGACCUUCUGAAUGUCAAGAUGGCGCUGGAUAUUGAAAUUGCUGCAUACAGGAAACUCCUGGAAGGGGAAGAGACCCGCAUCAGCACAGCACUGCCAAACUUUUCUCAAAUGCAUGUGCGACAAAAACAACUGUUCGUGUACAAAAUAGAGCUGUUCUUGAAUACCCGUUGCCACGCAAAACCAAAACCGACGAAUAAUACAAAACAAAACAUGGAAUGAAUGCUAUAGUGUUGUCAAAAUGCCUUAAAACACCAGCCGCUUUCUAGCUGAAUGAAUCCCGACUUGCCCUUCAAGUUAAACUUCCACUUAGCCUCCCAUAGAUAGCAACGCAAGUGAAAAUAUGACUUAAGUGGAAGUUGGGAUUCAUGUGCGUACACGUGUGGUUAUGUUUAGGAUGUUUUAUUCUCAACUAUCUUUCUCUCUCGAGCGUUAAGAGCAACAGCUACCAUGCUAAACUGAAUAACUGAAAACGUGUAAACGCUUAGUAUCUGAAUGUAAUUGAUCGACUAUGCUCUGACUCUGUAUCUUACUGCUGAUGUAUGGCA